AUGUCGGAUAUUCACAAACCCAGAGUUGAGUCUCUGGAACCUACCGUGCUGGAGAUUGGUCCUUUCUACUCCGAUUCCAUGAACAACUCCAAGUGGCAAGACUUCAAAGACUCCUUCAAGAGAGCUGUGCCCACCGAGAAGGAUGAAAACGUCAGAAGCAAAUCCAUCACCAAGAGACACUUGAGGUUGAUGGCCUUGAGUACCGGUCUCGGAACCGGUCUCUUGGUGGCAGCUGGGCAAAAGCUUAGAACUGCAGGUCCAGCAGGUGUCUUGAUUGCUUACUUCAUCACCGGUUACAUCAUGUUGGUUCCUACCAUCAACUCCGUCAGUGAGCUCAGUAUCGCAUACCCAGGCUUGCCUGGAGGGUUUCAAGCAUAUCCAUCCAAGUUCAUAGAUGAGAGUUGGGGCUUUGCUUUGGGCUGGAACUAUGCCAUCCAGUGGAUGACUGUCAUCUGGUUAGAGUUGGUGACUGCCAGUAUGACCAUCAAGUUCUGGAACACCAGCAUCAAUCCCGAUGCCUUUGUGACCAUCUUCUUGUUCGUGGUUAUUCUCAUCAACUUCUGUGGUGCCAAGGGUUAUGCCGAAGCAGAAUUCUUCAUGAACUCCAUCAAAGUUUUGAUGUUGGCAGGCUUUGUUAUUUUCGGAUUGAUCAUUGACUUGGGCGGAGGUCCUCAAGGUUUCGUUGGUGGAAGAUACUACCAUGACCCUGGUGCAUUCACUAGUUUUAAGGGUUUAGUGUCCGUGUUCGUGACUGGUGCCUUCUCCCUUGGUGGAAGUGAGUUCAUCUCUCUUUCUGCUGCUGAAACUGGUGGUAAUGUGAGAGCAGCCAUCAAGAGUGCUUCCAAGUUGAUUUUCUUUAGAGUCACUGUCCUUUUCUUGGGAUCCUUGUGUAUGGUUGGUUUGUUGGUUCCAUCCACUUCCGACAGAUUGAUGGGCUCUGGCGAUGCUGCCACCCAUUCCUCUCCAUACGUGAUUGCUGCCGAAAUGCAUGGUGUUAAGGUCCUUCCUCACAUCAUCAACGCUGUCAUUCUUGUUUCUGUCACCUCGGUCGCAACUGCUGCCAUGUACAGUAGUCCUCGUCUUAUCCAGUCCUUGGCUGAACAAGGGCUUGCUCCUCAAUGGUUCAACUACAUCGAUAGAUCCGGUAGACCUUUGAGAGCCUGGCUUGUCACUGUCGUCACCUCGUUCUUCUCGUACAUUGCCACCUACGAGAAGCAGGAAACGGUCUUCAACUGGUUGUUGUCGAUCUCUGCCCUUUCGUUCAUCUUCAUCUGGUUGGCCAUUGCCAUUUGCCACCUUAGAUUCAGGGCUGCUUUGAAGCAUAACAACAUCCCCUUGAGCUCUUUGGCCUACGUGUCUCCCACCGGAGUCAUUGGUUCGUGGUUGUCGAUCAUUGUCAACUCGCUUAUCUUGAUCGGGCAAUUCUGGGUGGCUUUGUGGCCGGUUGGUGGAGACGGCAAGCCCAACGCAGAGUCGUUCUUCGAGAACUACUUGGGUAUGCCUUUCCUCUUGGUGUGCUACGUGGGCCAUAAAGUCUGGACCAAAAACUGGAAGUUAUGGGUCAAGAUAGAGGACAUCGAUGUCAACGGCGGCAGAGUCAUCCACGAUCCCGAGAUCUUGGAGUUGGAAAACUUCGAAGUCGAGGAGAGAUACAGAAAGGCUCCUUUCUGGAAGAAGGCUCUUAUUGUCUGUUUCGACUAA